UUCCGUCUAAUGGUCUGGUUCCCUCUGCGAUGCGUGCUAAGCCGGAACCAUUUGUGUGGUCGGACGCUCUUUCGGACGCUGUCAGCAGUGAACACCGCAUCUAUUGCGAUGAGUUUUGAGUGGCCCUGGCAAUACAAUUUCCCACCGUUUUUUACACUUCAGCCCAAUGUUGACACGAGACAGAAACAGUUGGCGGCCUGGUGUUCCCUGGUUCUGUCUUACUGCCGCCAUCACAAGCUCUACACUGUGGAUGUCAUGGAAGAGCAGGAAAGUCCCGUAUUCAACAACAAGAAGAUAGAACGAAAACUGUCCGUGGAAGCAAUUCAAGUUGUGUUUGAAGAGUUGAGGAAAAAAGGCAACCUGGAAUGGUUGGACAAAAAUAAGUCGCGGUGUUUAGUCAUGUGGAGACGACCGGAGGAAUGGGGGAAGUUAAUAUACCAGUGGGUGUCCAAAAAUGGCAUGAACAACUCUGUGUUUACACUUUAUGAACUCUCCAAUGGUGAUGACACAAGUGGUGAAGAGUUCCAUGGUUUAGAGGACUGGAUGCUGCAGCGCUCCCUGCAGGCUUUACAAACAGAAGGAAAAGCAGAGAUCAUCACCAUGGAUGAUGGAAAAGGUGUCAAGUUUUUCUAAUGCGGUGCUAGAGUCACACUCACACACUCCGACAGGGAAACGAGGCGAAUGAGUCAGAUGUGUCCAUGUAAGGGUGGAUAGGUCGCACAUCGGUGCAGAGUCUGGUGGAUGCUGGUUCUUUAACUUUUGUUGUAGUUGCCUCUUGCUUCACGGCCUUCUCCUUCUGGAAGAGAACCAAUAUUGUUUAUGGGGGCGAAAGGCAUCUGAGGUGACACCUUGUUUAUAAAGUUAUCACAGGUGACAUUUGUUGCCAUUUAAACAUGCAAUGAGUAUCAGGGGACUGAACACUAUCAUGUCUGGAUAUUUUAGGGGAAACCUUUCCCCACUAGCUGUAACUCAGUUCCUUCAUUUAGAUUUUAAUGCCAUUAGUCCUAUUUCCAUCUUCUCUGUCAACAAAUUUACUCUGUAUGAUUAGCUCUGGAGCUUGGCUCGGCUGUUGUUCCUCUGUUCCCUGACAGAAUUUCCAAAGAAAUCCCAGAACACAAGACCAGAGGUACUUUUUUUAUUUUAUGAAUAAAUGCUUCCAGAGGAGGAACACCACAGAGGCUCAAGGCAAUCUUAGCUCAACCCAGCUGAGUGUGAUAAUACUGGACUUUGUGUACAGAUUGCCGUCAUCCUGUUGUACUGUAGCUUCUGUGACGCUCCUGUUAUUUUUCUCUCUGUCUUUUUUUUUCAUAUCCUACAGGAAAAUAAAUGAGGAAUUUGUUAAA